CUCUAAAAUCUCAGACAAAUUAAAAACCCGCCAAAUAACCCGACGACAUACAUUUUUGGCGGGUCAAUAAAAAUUCAAAAAAUAGAACCAAAUAAAUAAAAAUUAAAAUCCACUGUAUUCAUUCUUCUCUAUUGCUCUGUAUUCAAUCAGAAAUUCAAAGAAAUUUCAAUUUAUUCUAAGCUUUAUAUAAAAUUAAAAAAUGGCAGAUCCAACUCAUCUGGAGAAAAUGGGCAGAGAGCUCAAAUGCUCCAUCUGCUUGAGUUUACUUAAUUCUGCUGUCUCACUUACAUGUAAUCAUGCAUUUUGCAAUUCUUGUAUCGUUAAAUCGAUGAAAUCAGGUUCGAAUUGUCCGGUGUGUAAAGUUCCGUAUCAGCGUAGAGAGGUUCGAGCUGCUCCGCACAUGGAUAACUUAGUAAGCAUUUACAAAAGUAUGGAAGCUGCUUCAGGAUUCCAGAUUUUUGUUACUCAGAAUCCACCAUCUACUAAAUUAUUUGAUGAAGGGAAACAAGUGGAAUGUGAAACCGGGGCAGGUCAGGACAAAGCGGAGAGUCAAAGAAUGUCCAAUGGAAAAGCAUCAAGAAAAAAAAAUAAAGCCAGCAUGGAGGUUUCUGAUGACAGUGCUGCAAAACCUUCCUUCCCAGCUAAGAAAAGAGUUCAAGUGCCUCAAUGUCUGCCUGAAGAAACCCCAACACGGCCUAAGAAGUUAGAAAUCAAAUCAACUGAAAACAGCAAGUAUGGGUUUAAGAAUAGUUCACGGCCCCAAAAGGAGAAUGCUGGUCCCAAUGGAAACAGUGAACCUGUGCUUUCUCCAUUCUUCUGGUUGAGAGAUGAUGAAGACAUAGAGAAGUUAAGUCAGCGUUCUGCAGGCAGUCAAUUUUUGGACAUAACACCUCCUCAUGUUCCUGCAUUUAGUGAUAUUAAGGACUCAGAUGAUGAAUGUCCCUCUCAAUUAUUCCCAGCUGAGGAAGUGCGUGGUAAAUCAAAUGAUGCAGAUCUUUUUGACAGUGAAAUGUUUGAAUGGACACAACAAGCUUGUUCCCCAGAACUUUAUUCAACUCCUGCGAGUUCGACUAAGAUGCAGGAUGAUAAUGCUGUUGGCAUAGAAGAAAAUCAAGAAAGCAGACGAGAUGCACCAUUACAGAAUUCAAAUGCAAAUGAACAGGGUAUCAAAAAGGUCAGAUGCUUGAAUUCUGAACAUAGAAUGACCACUUCAGACGAGGAAUUGUAUACAUCAUCUAUUCAGAGAGCCAAAGGUACUAAAAAUGAAACUAGGAACGAUAAGUUCAACAAGAGAGGUCGGACUGUCAGAAAAGCUGCGCUGAAGAAGUGUGCUAAGAGAGAUGCAGAACAUGAUCUUCAGGCUCCUUAUAAUUCAAAGGAAAAAUCCGAAAAAAGCAUACAAAAUGAAGCACGCGAAAAUAGGGGCCCCUCUUUAAGCUUCAAGAAAUCUAAGAGAGGAAAGAAGACUGUACGUGGUACCUCUGCAACUCAACAUGAACCUGUUCUUUCUUCUUCUCUUAGAGGAGAAUCACUGAACCCCUGUGACCAAAUGCUUGAUGUCGAGUUGUCUUCUUCUUUAGGUAAGAAAGUAUGUGAUGCAAAAUAUCCUAAAAGGAAUACUGGAAAAAUGUGUGAUAAGGCCACUACUUCUGAUGGGACAAGUUGCUCUUUGAGGUCAAAGAAAAGAAAAGUAGAAUCUUUUAUCAAUAAUAUUGAAGAAAUUGAGACAAUUCGAAACCAACAGGGUGAAGAUGCAAGCAUUUCUAAGGUUGAUGGUAAGAACACCUUAGAUACCAACAAAAAAAGACAGAUACACAGAAAAGAAUUUAACCCUAUAUUGAGGUUAGACAGCAAUAAAAAAGUAAGAGAGAAAAAGAUGAAAGUUUCCUUCCUUGGUAUCUCAGAAGAUGGAGUGCAGAAUGACCAUCAGGAGGGUAAGAAUAACAUUUCUGCAAAGGAAACUCAACUCCUUGAAAGGGUUACUGAUGUCUUUACAAAUAAAGCUCAAUCCAAUGAAGAGGUUCAGAUCCGUCCUGGUUCAGGAAUUGUUAAUCAUUCAGUAAUGCUAAAGAAACUUGAUCAAGCAAAUGGAGUGGUGUUGCAAAGUUGCCAAACCCUUCCUCAAAAAGUUCAAUGUGCUUUCUGUCUUUCUUCAGAUGAUUCAAAGGCCUCGGGAGAGAUGGUCCACUUCUGCAAUGGCAAGCCUGUAGCUGCCAGUUAUGAAGGGGGAUUAAAGGUCAUACACUCUCAUAGAAGUUGCGCUGAGUGGGCACCUAACGUUUAUUUUGAGGGUGAUACUGCAAUUAAUCUCGAAGCUGAGUUAACUAGAAGUAAGAGAAUAAGGUGUGGCUGCUGUGGACUCAAAGGUGCUGCUCUUGGAUGUUAUGAGAAGAGCUGUCAUAAGAGUUUCCAUGUCACAUGUGCAAAGAUGACUCCUCAAUGUCGAUGGGAUACUGAAAACUUUGUUAUGUUAUGCCCUCUUCAUGCUUCUUCUAAACUGCCUAUAGAAGACUCCGCAACUACAAAGAGAAUAAGAAAGAAAUGUGUUCCAAAAAGACAAAAAUCCAAUCAGAGCAAUCAAAAACAAGAUGUCAGUACUUGUUCAAGUUGGAAUUCAAGUGAGACGGCUUAUAAGUUGGUUAUUUGUUGUUCUGCUCUAACCAUUGAGGAAAAGGGAAUUGUUUCCGAAUUUCAGAGAUUAUCUGGAUUGACAGUGUUAAAAAAUUGGGAUACAAGUGUUACCCAUGUCAUUGCAUCAACAGAUGAAAAUGGAGCAUGCAGAAGAACCCUCAAGAUUUUGAUGGGUAUUUUGGAGGGGAAGUGGAUACUUAAUAUCGAGUGGGUUAAGGCUUGUAUGAAGGCCACAAAGCCUGUUCUAGAGGAUCCAUUUGAAAUUCUCGUUGAUAUUCAUGGGAUGAGGGACGGUCCACAACUUGGAAGGCUAAGAAUCUUGAACAAGCAACCAAAAAUAUUUGAGGGGUUAAAAUUCUACUUUAUUGGAGAUUUUGUAGCUUCUUACAAGGGCUAUAUUCAAGAUCUUAUAGUUGCUGGUGGAGGAACUAUUUUGCAUAGAAAACCCCUUCCUGGAGCCGAAGCAGACAGAUCACCUUCUACCUUCAUAAUAUACAGCAUUGAGCUACCUGAUAAAUGUGAUACCAAAAACAAAGGUAUGGUUAUUUUAAAUCAAAGACGGGCAGACGCUGAAGCUAUGGCAAGUGCAACUGGAGCCAAAGCUGUAAACAAUUCUUGGAUUUUGAACUCCAUUGCAGCUUGCAGAUUACAGAAUUUCACAGAAUAAUGUUGUUUAAUCAGGCUAUCUAUUACUAGGAUGUUCUUAAUUUAAUUUUUGUUAAAAUGUACAUACUUUUCUGCAUUAAACAAACAAAAAACUUGGUGAUCA